AUGAGUAGUUUUAAAGAAAACGGUGAGAUGAGUGAUGAUGAUUCCACUUCGGAGAGUGACAGUAGUGAUGAUGAAGUCGAUUCGAUUGCUGUGGGACUUGACAGGGACAAGAGACAAACAAAGUGGUGCGCCGUAGACCAACCAAACCAGCAGCUCCACCAUCAACGAAAACCCCAUCAGCAUCCCCAUCACCAUAACCACCACCAUCGACACCACGCGCCCGUAAAAGUGGUAUGGCCUCCGCCAUCCAACGCCACCACCCCAUCGACGUCUUACUCGAAUCCCAUCAGAUUCGACACGAAUCCCAAGCUGGGCCCCAAGAUGCAAUUGCUCUGCAAAACCGGCUACCUGCUGGCCGUCUAUCCGGAUGGAAAGGUCAGAGGAACGGCCGACAGCAACGAUCUCCACACCUAUCUGGAAUUGUUUUCGGCAGGACAUCCAGGACACGUCAGGAUUAAGGGUUUGCUGACGAAUUUGUACGUAGCGAUGAAUAGAAGGGGGCGAUUGUACGGAGAGUCGCUCAUAAAGUCGCACGGGGAUCCGAUGAUGGAAAAUAACGUUUUUAUAGAAUCAUUCCAAGGGUCUUACACGACGUAUCUGUCGAGGAAAUUCGCGCAUUUAGGUUGGUACGUGGCCAUCAAGAAAAACGGGAAAAUUAAAAAAGGUCCGAAAACCCGUUACGGCCAGAAGGCGGUGAAAUUUCUACCGUUGAGGCGAAAAUUCGAAUAA